UACACCUGCGGUCCGGAGUUUUGCAAAUAUCUCAACAUUAUUGAAGUUAAAUUCCAUAACAUUAAUAGAGAAAAACCAAUAGAAAUCUUCAAUCUUGCUUUAUUUUUGCUUUCUCCAUCUUUAUUUUUUUCAUACGCUUAUGGUUUUUUUCUUAGAAUCGCGGCGGUCACACAAUUCGAGCCCAUAUAUGCUCGUCGAAUGGUGCCCUGUUUCGACGAGCCACAUUACAAGGCGAAUUGGACGGUUACUGUGAUUCACCCCAAGGGCACACGGGCCAUUUCAAACGGGAUAGAAACUGAUGAAACAGAUGGUUGGAAAGUGUCAAAAUUCUCCACCACUCCACGAAUGUCCUCUUAUCUGCUCGCUGUUCUGGUCUCCGAAUUCGACUACAUUGAGAAGUACACAAAAACUGGUGUGAUGGUAAGAAGCCAGUUUUUUGUUUAUGUGUUUUUGCUACUUCAGUGGUUUGGCAAUUUGGUGACGAUGCAAUGGUGGGAUGACUUGUGGUUGAACGAAGGUUUCGCCACGAUGGUUGAAUAUUUUGGAGCCGAUGAGAUCAGUAAUGGUCACAUGAGAAUGGUACGCACGAGGUGCUAUUUUGUUUCUUUAUUUACGCACAAGCUGACGUUUCGGCGGAUUUCGCCUUCCUCAGAGCCUGGAAGGGUCAAGUUGACAGCAAUCCACUCGGCCAAACACCUCCAUAACCAAACAGGGAAAACGCUAAACCAAGAUUUCAAUCACAUUUAG